AUGGUCAUAACUUGGAUCUUGUUCCUGAGUUUGUUGCAGGAGCCGUGGUGCCCGGGGCGGGCCUCGGGGGUGCCCGGAGCCUCCCCGAGUGCCCCCCGGCCGCGCCGGGAUGCGGGGGGUCGCGGCGGCGUCUACGAGCACCUCGGGGGAGCGCCCCGGCGCAGGAAGCUCUACUGUGCCACCAAGUACCACCUCCAGAUCCACCCCAGCGGCAGGAUCAACGGCACCCUGGAGAAGAACAGCGCCUUCAGUAUUCUGGAAAUAACCGCUGUGGAUGUUGGAAUCGUUGCCAUCAAGGGCUUGUUCUCCGGCAGAUACCUGGCCAUGAACAAAAGGGGCAGACUUUAUGCAUCAGAAAACUACAACUCGGAGUGCGAGUUUGUGGAGAGGAUCCACGAGCUGGGGUACAACACCUACGCGUCCCGUCUCUACCGGACCGUGCCCAACAGGGCCGGCACCAAGCGCAAAGCCGGCGCCGAGAGACUCUGGUACGUCUCCGUCAACGGCAAAGGGCGACCCAGGAGGGGCUUUAAAACCCGCAGGACACAGAAAUCCUCCCUCUUUCUGCCCAGAGUACUGGACAACAAAGACCAUGAGAUGGUCCGACUGUUCCACACCAACGUGAAGUACCGGGAGAGCCUCCUGAGGGCCCCGAGCAAGAACCGGCGGAGGAGGAGAGGACACUGA